CCAUUCCCAUCAGUUCAGAUCUCUACUCGGGCUCAAAACGUAAUUGAAUGUACUUCGGUCAUCGCGGGUCACCGUGUAUAUCUGGCAGAGAAUUUUCAGAGAUAUGCUUUGCGAUGGCUACUUUUUUAUAGAGCGCGGGGGUUCUCCAAUCUGUUGAAACUUGAAGCGCCAUGGUUUGCGUUACUAUUAAUUCAAGCCUUGUUAUCCCUCACCUUGGACUCUGACUCUUUCCACCACAAUGCCCGCUGAUAUUCAAAAGCGCGUCCCGGUGUCGAAUGCUCCGGAUACCGUCGAGAUCGAGUCUCUAGGUGGCGGUGAUGACCUCAAUGACUUCAAGCAGCAGUUCACUCCUCUGCAGCGCCAGCUGAAGAACCGCCAUAUUGCAAUGAUCAGCCUUGGUGGUGUCAUCGGAACUGGUUUGUUCUUGGGCACCGCUUCUUCUUUAAAAACUGGCGGACCUGUCGGUCUGUUACUUGGAUACAUAACCAUUGGGAGUUUAUGUUACAGUGUUAUGGUGUCUCUGGGUGAAAUGAUCGCCUUCUUACCACUCCCUGGGGGACACAUCAAAAUGGCCGAUCGUUUUGUUGGACCUGCAUUAUCAUUCACCAUUGGCUGGAGUGCGUGGUAUACCUGGACUAUCGGCGUACCGGCGGAGUUGUCCGCGGCGGCUGUCCUUGUCAACUAUUGGAAUAAAGAUACCAACAAUGCGGCUUGGAUUACGAUGUGUCUUGGGGUCGCUGUCAUCAUCAAUCUUUUUGGAGCAGGUGCAUACGGUGAAGCAGAGUUUAUCUUUGCUUCUAUCAAGGUGAUUACAAUUGUUGGUCUCGUCAUUCUGGGUGUCGUCCUCGAUCUCGGUGGCGGACCAAAUCACGAUCGUCUUGGCUUUCGAUACUGGAAGAAUCCUGGGCCAUUCGUUAAUUACCAGGGCAUUCCUGGCGCGAAAGGACGGUUCCUGGGCUUCUGGGCAGUCCUUACGCAAGCGGCGUUCUCGUUCAUUGGUACAGAGAUUGUCGCUAUAUCCGCCGGAGAAGCCAAGAAUCCUAGAAUAACUUUACCAAAAGCUAUCAGGAAAGUUUACGUCCGGAUCAUCCUGUUCUAUAUUCUUGGUACCUUGAUCAUAGGCCUAUUAGUGCCUUCGAAUGAUGCAAGACUGGAUUUGAACGACGGAACGGCAGCGUCGUCACCAUUUGUCAUUGCAAUUGAAAAUGCUGGCAUAUCUAUCCUUCCUCAUAUCAUCAAUGCGGCACUAUUGACAUCGGCGUGGUCAGCGGCAACUAGUGAUCUUUACACUAGUUCUCGUGCGUUGUAUGGUUUGGCUGGGACUGGAAACGCGCCGAGGGUGUUUCUAAUCACUUUGAAGAAUGGUCUGCCUAUCGUCUCCAUACUAACGUGCGCUUCUUUUGGACUGCUAGCGUACAUGACUGUGAACGAAGACGCCGGGAGAGUUUUUGGUUGGUUUGCCAAUUUGGCAGCUGUUGCAGGGCUCAUGUCGUGGUUUGGUAUCAGCGUCACUUAUAUACGGUUUCAUGCUGGACUCAAAGCGCAGGGCAUUGACCAGAAGACGUUGCCUUAUUAUAACAGAUUCAAUCCAUACUUGGCUUGGUACUCGAUGAUUUUCUCGAUCAUCAUUGUUUUCUUCUGUGGUUGGUCUGUAUUUCUGGAAGGACAUUGGGCCACAGAUAGCUUCAUCACUAGUUAUCUCCCUUUCGUGAUAUUUCCAACAAUGUGGAUCUGUUCUGCCAUUUAUUACCGGCAAUUUAUGAUGAAACCGGAAGACAUGGACUUCAUCGGUGAAGUUGCUGAGCUAGUUGCUGCUACAGAAGAUGAGGCACCACCGAAGACCAGGAUCGAGGCCUUCGGUCGCAUGCUGAUGUAGCAGGCAAUUACAUCCACGCUUGGGAAUUUUUAUACAUUUCUUUGAAAAUAAACACCGUAUCAGGUUCUAGAGAAAGGCGAUUUAGUUAUGAUGUGUACAUAUACUUUUUGCGUACUAAUGCUCAC